ACGGUUCAUCUACUUGCGUUUUUCGCGUUAAUAAGGCCUCUCCUUACUUAUUAAAUUUAGUAGGAGAUAGUAGAGACUUCGAUAAAAAAAUAUAACCUAAAACUUGACAUGUCGUAUUGUAAACAACUUGGUCCCAAAGGAAAGGACAAAGUAAUAUUUGCCACUCCAGAGGAUCAUAAAAUUCCAAGCAAAAUAAAAUUGCCAGAUCCUGAACCUCAACCGGGUCUCAUUUUACCAAAUGGUGAUAUUAAUUGGAACUGCCCUUGUUUAGGUGGUAUGGCAACAGGACCAUGUGGUGUUGAGUUUAGAAAUGCAUUUAGUUGUUUUCAUUAUUCUACUGCCGAUCCAAAAGGUACUGAUUGUUUCGAUUUAUUUAAAACCAUGCAAUCUUGUAUGCAAAAAUAUCCCACUUUAUAUAAAAAGGACUUGGGUGAUGAUGAUGAUCUUGCUGAAGCCAUGGAAGCUUCAGAAAAGGAGACUGCUAAAUUAUCGUCCAAUAAUCCAGAUGGUGACCAUAAGUAGUUCUAAAUAUAUGUACAUGCUCUGUGGAUAAGAUCAAGGAGUACCUUUUUUGUUCUUUGUUGUUAGUUUGUGGCCCUUGAAUAAAGUUUGUUGUAUAAAA